AUGGCUACUAACCCAGUCACAAAGUGUCAGUACAUAGCUGAAAAGCUUGACCGACAGAGCCAGGUUGAUGUUGGGUAUACUGACUUCUCUAAGGCGUUCGACAGAUUUGACCACGGAAUUUUAUUAGAAAAAUUAAUAGCGUUUGAUUUCAUUGUUGAAGUCAUAUCUACAGAAUAUAUACCACGUUCCAGCAGAGAUCAGGUUAUGAAUUUUAUGGUGAUUUGGAUAACGGCAGUAACAUUGUACGUGGAUUUAUACAAAUCGAUGAAGAGCCUUGCCCAUUCAAACGCCAAUCCUCUUCCAAUUACAGAAACAACAGCUACGCCAUAUUAUUGCGAAUAUCUAGACCACAAUGGGACCGACGUACACUGCUAUGGUAAUCUACUCUUUGAGAUCCCCACCAACUUAAACAAGCUCCUUAGGAAACUAACAAUUACUGACUCUAACAUAAAAGUUAUAAAAAGGAGUUCCUUGGAUCCUUACAGAGAAACGCUUAGAGACGUAACUCUUUCCAACUUGCCCGAUUUGCGGGUUAUAGAAGAAGGCACUUUCGCUAACGUACUCAACUUGAGGACUUUAUAUAUAUCACACGCUCCCCAGCUGAAAUUUCUUCAUGGUCUGUUACAGGGAGUGACCUCUUCCACGUUUUAUUCUUUGAGAAUCCUUUGGACCGGUCUGAUGGAAGUUCCUGAUUUAUAUCUCUUGCCCAAGAAUAACACGAUGUUUUUGUUAGACUUAGACCACAACAAGAUAGAGCGUCUUCCACCAAAUUCAAUCAAAAUUACGGCCCAACAGGUGACGCUAAACUAUAACCACAUAAGCCAAGUAGAAGACUUCGCUUUUAAUGGAUCACAAAUAGCAGAACUAUACAUGCGGUCCAAUUUCGGAUUGAAUCAAGUUGGAAAAAAUACGUUUAGUGGACUGAAAAGUUUAAGAAUACUGGAUCUAUCAGAAACCGCCAUUCAGGGGUUACCCACCGUGGGACUCGAGGAACUGGAAAUUCUAAAAAUUGAAGAGACGCACACUAUGCAAACUAUUCCUAGUAUUUACGACCUUAAAAAUCUAAAAGAAGCCAAGCUGACCCAUUCCUUUCACUGUUGCGCAUUUAAAUAUCCAGAGCAACACGACCCCGCCAAACACGCGCAACACGAGGAAAACCUGAAAAAAAUGUGCAAGGAACUGACGAAAUCUGGUUCAAAUUUUAUUUCUUUUGCGAGAAGGAAACGAUCCGCGAAAACUCUGGUCUACGCUAACUAUGGUCCGUUGAACGAGUGGAAAGAACAAAUUACGAACUUUUCCGAAAUUAAUCCAUUGAGAACAACGAAAUUACAAAGCGGGGACGACUCGUUGUUUACUCCUCUGAGAGGGCAAACAAUUGAAAGACAAGAAGGCAGGGCCAUCGAAGUAACCGAUGAAGAUGACGGAUUUUUUCAUCCUAAUCCCACUAAAAUCAAUGAGAGUCAGCUGGACGCCAUUUGUGGCAAGCUCAUAUUUAGAAAACCAGAGGUGAAUUGUUGGCCAGAACCAAACGCCUUAAACCCCUGCGAGGACAUUAUGGGAGUUACUUGGCUGAGAAUAUCGGUAUGGUGCGUCUUGAUACUGGCCAUCGUGGGCAACUUAUUGGUGAUGGUAGUAUUCUUAUUUGGCGAAUCACCGAUGAACGUAUCCAGGUUUCUCAUAUGCAACCUGGCUUUCGCAGACCUCUGCAUGGGCUUGUACUUGUUGCUUAUCGCCUCCAUGGACUACCAUUCCAUGGGCGAAUACUUCAACUUCGCCUUCAAUUGGCAAAACGGAUUGGGCUGUCAAAUAGCUGGAUUUCUGACAGUUUUUUCUAGUCAUUUGUCGAUAUUCACGUUAACAAUUGUGACGCUUGAACGCUGGUUUGCCAUCACUUACGCUAUCAACCUGACGAAAAGGAUAACCAUCAAAUCCGCUAAAAAAAUAUUAGUGGGCGGAUGGUUUUAUUCGAUUUUUUUGGCAACACUGCCUCUACUGGGUUUCAGUAACUACAGCAGUACAAGCAUUUGCCUUCCGAUGGAAGCUAACAAAAUGAUAGACAAAAUCUACUUAUACGGCGUCAUCUUCCUGAAUGGUAUAGCCUUCGCUCUGAUCGUGUUCUGCUACAUCCAAAUUUACAUGAGCUUGGGAUACGAAACUCGCCACUCUAGUACCAAAGGAGAGAUGACGAUAGCCAAGAAAAUGGCUCUUUUAAUUUUCACCGAUUUCGCCACUUACUCACCGAUCGCAUUUUUCGGACUAACAGCCCUAGCUGGAUACCCUCUAAUUGGAGUUACGAGGUCGAAAAUACUGUUGGUAUUCUUCUACCCCUUGAACGCCUGUGCCAACCCCUAUUUGUACGCCCUGAUGACGGCGCAGUACCGAAGGGAUUUGUGUAUGUUGAUAUCCAGAUGUGGUAUGUGCAAGAAAAAAGCAGAACAGUACAAGUUCUCAGAAUCAAUUCCAAUGGCAAAACCUAUGCUGGAUGUAAACUAUGGACGGUUCAAUUGCAGAAGGAGUAGAGAGAUAAAAGACGAUCAUUCCUACGUGUAAAUCCUAUACUCAAUCAAUUCUAUACCCGCCUACGCUGUGGAAUGACAGUACCUAUUGAAUAUUCAAGAGUAUAGAUUGCCAUUAUUGAUGUAGAAUGGCUGAUGGGAGUAAUGAGCAAAGAUAAAAGUAUAUAGUAUUAUUUAUUAGUAAAUAUUGCUCUUAAUCACAAAUGUGAUUGUAUAUGUCUAACAAGUUUGUCCAAUUUUUGACAAAUUGAAUAUACCUACUUGGUGCCAAUGGUGCCGUUAUAUAUUUUUGUAUUUGAUCUGUUUAUAUUGUCCUUGGCUGCAAUUCUACUUGGUUCCCCUUCUUUUCAGUAUUACUAUCACUUAUCAGGUUUCAAGACAUCCCUCAGUUAUAUACCUACCUACUUCAUAAAAUUAUUACUAUGUAAACUAUCUUUAAAAAUACCAUCUGUUAUGCUAUAUCUAUAUUUUUGUAAGCAGUAGUGAUUAAAUAUUAAUUUAAAACCAAAUUUGGUGCAAUAUGUA